AUCUUCACUGCUGGAUUACAUGUGGUAAAAGGUUGUCAUUCGUGAGGAAAAUACACCCUACGAAUUUGUUUAUUCAGUUUACUAUUAAGCUUACUGAUUUUUGGGCCAAAAGGGUCCAGUAAAAUGUCAUCUUGGCCCAAAUCCUCCAAAGCUUCCCGGCGGCAGCAGGGUAACCCAAACGGGAGCGCACAGCCGUUGAGGUUCAGAAGUGCGCCCUACAACAGGGAGCAGAGGACCGAAGAUAUCAAGGAUGCCCUCGAAAGUUACAAAGAACUUGAGCAAAAACAACUCUACAGUGGGAGUCAGCACGAUGGUGCAAAACAUCAACCGAAUGCCAAGCCUGAGAUGACUCCAUCAGAAAGGCGGAAAACCUUGUAUCAGAACUUCUACAAGCAAGUGCAGGAGGAUCGGACAGUGGCUGACUGUGUGAUCAUUUCCCUGACCAACCAGUGCUUGGAUUACCCCAAAUCGCUAAACCAGUGCUUGCAGGACCGUGGCCUGUCGGUGGAAAUGCUCUACCUGCAGGCGGAGUCGGGCCUGACCAAAGCCCUGCAGGAUGUCCGAGGUGUUGGCUCCCCGUUAUGUAUUCUGGUGGAGCAGACAAACAUAGCUCUGUCCUCCUGCACUGUUAUCAUUUUCUCAGAGUCCCUCAAAAUUCACCGCAACAUGCCCAAAGACCAAGCCAUGGAUUUUGUUGUAGCAGAGCACGGGCGUGGCGUCGGUAAGGAACGUAUGCCAAGGGACCCCGCAGAUAUUGCGUCUCAGGCAUCGCAGUUGCUUGGGGAUUUUCUGGAUCGGGAAAAGAUCGGGCGCCACGUCGUUCCCACAGAAAUACGUCAGUCCCUCCAGCUGCUGUCCGAGGGCGUGCAUGUUUACUCUGAGGAGCUAGAAACCAUCUUGGGUUAUGUCCGUUCCCGUCAGGAAUUCUUAAGAGCGAGCAAUGACAGAGAACAAAAGUGCAACAUUCUGCCUUCAGGACUGGGAAAGCCGCCUCCGCUUCUCCCAACACCGCUAGAACCGCCUCAGUGUGCAAGUGAAGCGGGACGCCCACCACUGCUAGACUGUACUCCACCCACACCAAUGCCACUCUUACCUUCACCAGGUUCCUUUCCAAAAACCAAGCCUCCCCCUCUGCUAUCACUGCAUCGACCCCAAUCUACGCACAAUUUAUAUGGUGGCCCCGGGUUGCUUUGUACCCCUCUAAUGCGUCCUCUUCCACAACGUAACCAGGCCCUGCGAGGGUCCCACAGCAUGAGAGUUGCUCCACCCUCCCUUAAAAGUUCUCGUCCCCCACUAUUAGCGACUCCAGGUGUCCCUCCUCUGAGUAGCCCCAGGCACUAAGCAUGCAGCAUCCAACAACCACACAGUAUUGAACGGACACGCAGAUUUUUAUGUCUCUGGAGCAUUCAACUUUUCAAAGGCUUAGGUGAUUUAAGAAAAUACAUGAAUGACUCAGAAGUUUGUUUAUGGUUCGGCAAAAUUAUGUGAUUUGAGUACAUCUUUCCUUGUUGGGAAUUUUCACAGUACAAUAUAUUGUACAUUCAGCUUUUUUCUCUUUUUUUUUUUUUAAGUGACACACAAACAUCGUAAAGGUGCUAAUUCGAGAGGCGUUUUUUUUUUUAAUUUUUUUUUUUUA